GUAUCUCUAGCUAUACCACUCACAGCCAGAUCACUCAACGGAAACAAACAUCUAAACAAACCAAAGACUGUAUGAUUCAGCUUAAUGAAAACCAAAUCUAUCAAUCCUAUUGAUAUCGUUUACAGUUAGAACCAACAAGGCUUUUACAGUCACCACAGAAGAACCAUGUGAAGUUCCACAAAAACAUCAUAUUCUCCAGUUCUUUAGAAAUUCACCAAUGUAGUGUGUUAAAGAACCUAGAAACCAGUGAUCCAAAACAUAAAUAUUAACUCUAGAACCCUCUACAGCCAACCAUGGUUCUUAUGAGUAAGAAGAAGCUUCUUUGCCGAACCAUAGAAGAACCUUUAUUUUAAAGUGCGAAUGGCUUUGAGGAAUCAGAAACAAAUAUAGAACACACAUUCAUAGUCACUAACUCAAUGAACUAAAGCUACGUUCACAACGCAAGCCACCGAAUGCUCAAAUCUGUGAGGUUGUUCGUAUGAAAUUUGAAAUGUGGCUCUGAUCUUAAAGAGCUCCUAAACUGACCAACAUGUGUAAAAAAAAAAAACCUACCCUGGCAUGUACACCAUAACAUAAUGUCAUUUAAUGUGAUUUCAUAUCUUAUAUCAAAUUGGAAGAACUUAGAACUUCUGGUCUUAAAUCAGUGCAUGAGAAUUUGAACGUGCAAGUGUCAACAACAAUUGAGACCUAGUGUAUAUCAAUAUAUAUUUAAAUUAUAUUUUUGCACCUUUCUGUGUAAUAUUUCAUAUAGUGCAAUUCAUGAAUUGAUUCAAGGGUAAAAUCAAGUGUGCAAUCAUGACAAAUGUUGAGUUAGAUUGAAAUAAAUAUCACAUAAAUUACACCCUGAAGCCACAACAACCUUAAAAUCAGAUCAGAUAUGAAUAUAAUAAGACAUAUUAAUGUGCCCCAGAUCGGAUUUGAAAAAGUCAUAUUCAACUGUGGUGUAAACGCAGAAGAAAGGUGUUAAAGAUGAAGUUACACUUGAUUAACUGCACACCCUGAUGACACUGGACAGAAGUACACUACACAUUCUCUGACUGUGUUCCCUUUGAAGUCCCAGUGUGUCAUUUUGGCAUGGAGUGAUUACAUGUAGUGUGCAAUGAACAGUAUUUCAAAAUAAAGAAAUAUCCUCUCUGAUGCAUUGGUGUUACAGUAUUUUUCCUUUAUACGAUGUUGAAAUAAUCUGUAAAAUUGAUGAAUUGGGGUCAAAAAUGUUUUGUUUGUUACAAAAGGUCAGCGCCUGUACAAUGAACAUGAUCUUUUUUUGCCUGGAAAAUAAAGGCUUUUUUGGAGUUGAUUUUCAAAACAAACCUUCCCUGAGAAAUAUUAACUGGAAUAGGAAGUUUGACAACUAGCCAUAGUCAGCAGAGCAUGGUUUCCUGUUCAACAGAUUGAAAGCAGAAGUACAAAGAUGUCUUUUGUGCCCUAUAGGUCUGACAGAUGAGUUCAUGAUAGAUACUUACUGUACAUCUUUGCCAUUCAGGAAGGUCAUUCAAUGUUGCUCAACAAUAAAAACUAAAGAGAGAAGGCUUGUUUUAUCAUCACCACAGUCGGCUGUACACAUGCCGUAGACGUUCACUCAAGAGGAGCAGUCAUGGUCAUCAGAAGUGUACUGCACAGAGCCACUCAUGUAGGAAUCACACUACUGAGGGACCGACAGAAGAGAUGCUCUCGAAUCUGGAGAAUGAUUCACCACUGCUCAGCUUUAGUUUACAGAGAACACUCGCAUGACUUUGACACUGUGAGGAUGGAGCAGGUGUUGUUGCCUCCAGUGGGAGAUGGCAGUGUGAGGGUGCACAUGCUGGCAGCACCCAUCAAUCCUGCAGACAUCAACAUGAUCCAGGGUACAUACCCAAUCUUGUGUCCCCUCCCUGCAGUGGGCGGGAAUGAGGGUGUGGCAGAGGUGAUAGAGGUGGGCAGUGAUGUAACAGCGCUGAGGCCUGGUGAUUGGGUACUGCCCAUAGAUGCUUGCUUUGGUACAUGGAGGACAGGUGCAGUGUGUGAAGAGGAUGAUCUGAUCUCUGUAUCUAAAGACAUCUCUUUACUGGAAGCCGCCACAGUUUUCGUGAACCCCUGCACUGCAUACAGAAUACUGCACGACUUUCAAACACUCACCCCUGGUUGUACUUUGAUUCAGAACGGCUCUAACAGUGCAGUUGGACAGGCUGUGAUUCAGAUCGCUGCAGCACUGGGCCUGAAAACAAUCAACAUCAUCAGAGACAGACCAAACUGUGCAGAGUUGAUUGAGGAGAUUCGGGCACUGGGAGCUGAUUAUGUCAUCACUGAAGAGGAAGUGAUGUCAUCAGGGCUUUGCCAGAUCUUUGAGGAAGUCCCUAAACCUAAACUGGGUUUGAAUUGUGUAGGUGGCUUGAGUGGAGGACUUGUGUUGUCUAAUCUUGAUUAUGGAGGCACAAUGGUGACAUAUGGAGGCAUGGCCAAAAGACCCCUGCAGAUUCCUGCUAAAUCCUUUAUAUUCCAAAAUGUCACUCUAAAAGGCUUCUGGCUGACCCAGUGGAAGAGAAACCACAGGAAUGAUAAAGCUCAGCUGAAGAUGAUGUUAGAUUCAGUGUGUGAUCUCAUGAGAGCGGGACAUCUCUCUGCACCACAAUACAUCCAGACACCAUUUCACCAGUACACACACGCAUUACACGCUACUGUGCAGUCACACACCCGCAAACAUGUACUUAUCAUGUAGACUGAAAAACACAGGAUGGCAUUCACUACGAUGUUGAUUUUCAUAUCCAUUUGAAGGAUCUCGAUAUUGAUUCUGAAAAUCUCAACGAUUGAUCUUUCACUCUGUUCUUUACUGUCAAUUAUUGAUCAAACAAAAAUUUAAACAUUUCACUCCAAUCACGCAUUGCACGGAUGCGGUUCCGGAUCCAUCCAACUCCACUGUCGUUAACAUGCGCUCAACCCAAACGUCUGUGAGACGCUUACUGAACUGUCACUAUUCUUAAAGAGACGUUUUAGCACAUUGUACAAAUGAAUGUAAUACUUGUAAAUUGUGCAAGUAUGCAUGUAAACAAUAAACUUGUAACAAUAUAUAUAUAUAUAUAUAUAUACACACAAAUUCAAUUUCAAGAUAUCAUAAUUCUUUGUGAAAUAUAUGGUACUAGAAUUCUUUUUAGCUAACAUGUGACCAAAAUAAUAAAACAAUCAAAUAAAAUGUGUAAAAUGAAUAUAUUUGUAAUGUUCCAGGUUAGAUGGUCCCCUGUAUAAUUAACAGCAUUAACUGAGUGAGAACGUCUUUCAUGUGUAAGCAAAAUGUUCACUGAGACCCUUGCGUGACUGCUGUGUGCAUUUCCCUUUUCCCUUUUUGAUUUGUAUCUAAUAAACUUGCAAAAACUUGCAAAAAAUAAAAUCUAGAGCAAAUAGUUUUCCUAUAAAUUGAUGUCCUCAUAUGUGGACAGCGGGACUAAGUCAUGACAGUUAAAAUAAUAUUCAAUUAUAGAAAUUCAGAUUUUCUUUUUUUAUAUAUAUAUAAUUGUUUAUUAUGAUGUGCAGGAGUGUUGGUUAUUCAUGUUUUUGAGAUGUUACAGACAUUACAUCAGACAUGAUCAUACAUAAUUCUGAUUCAAAGUAAUGACCAGCAUCAUCCAAUCACUGCCAACCAUGUUCAAAUAAAAUGAUCCAUUAUAAAUUGUGAAUCUAUGUAUUGAUGAUCAUGUUGAGUGAUCCAAACACCAUCUGCAGCCUGAAACUGAACUUUUGAUCAGAUUUUAGGAGUGAACGCACUUAACUGCAUAGAGAGAUAUAGGAUGCUCCCUAUUUAGUGAAUGACUUUACCUCCAGUGUGCUGUCUGUCUGCACUGGUCUCAGAACAGUUCACAAUGCAAGCCUCUGAAAGCAACAUAUUACAGUUUUUGGAUGAACUCAUUGAUUCUUAAUGUAACAGUGCACAGUAAAUAUAGGAAUGCAU